UUUUAGAAUGGAAGGUCAGAGUUCGAUUUAUAGAUCUACAGUUAGGAGAUCUAUAUAGAUCUAAGGUUAUGUUAAAACCUUUAGCUUGUUUUUGUUUUACUUUUGCUGAGCCAGACGUAACUCUACAUCUAGUCUAGUAUUAGAUCUAGAUCAACAUCUAAUAAAAAAAAUUGAAAAUGGCCUUGUUUAUUUUUAAAUCUUCGCUUAGACUUUGUUGUAGAUCUUCUUUCAACACUCUGUCAAUUGCAAAGAGAGCUAACUCAUAUUUCCCUAUUGAUGACACGCUUUACAAUUUAACAGAGGAACAAAAACAGUUACGACAGACUGUGUUUCAGUUUUCUCAAAACAAACUUGCUCCUAAGGCAGCUGAAAUUGAUAAGACAAAUGAUUUUAAAGAAAUGAAACAAUUUUGGUUAGAAUGUGGCCAAUUGGGUCUUCUUGGAGCUACUGCCCCAAGUCAGUAUGGUGGCUCAGAGAUGGGCUAUCUGGAACACUGUAUAAUUGUGGAAGAAAUGUCUCGAGCUUCUGCUGCCAUUGCUUUGAGUUACGGUGCCCACUCUAAUUUAUGUGUUAAUCAGAUUGUCAGAAAUGGUACAGAUACACAGAAGAAUAAAUAUUUGCCUGGGUUGAUAUCAGGAGAAAAGAUAGGAGCUUUAGCAAUGAGUGAAAGCAAUGCUGGAUCUGAUGUGGUUGCUAUGAAACUGACUGCUGUUAAGAAAGGUGAUCAUUAUGUGUUAAAUGGAACUAAAUUUUGGAUUACCAAUGGACCAGAUGCUAAUGUACUUGUUGUUUAUGCCAAAACUGAUCCAAAAAGUGCCAAACCUCAGCAUGGGAUCACAGCUUUUAUAGUUGAAAAGGGUACACCAGGAUUCUCAGCUAGUCCCAAACUAGACAAACUUGGGAUGCGAGGUUCCAACACAGCAGAAUUGGUUUUUGAAGAUUGCAAAAUACCAGAAGAAAAUGUUUUAGGAAAUAUAGGAAAAGGUGUUUAUGUUCUGUUCAGUGGUUUGGAUAUUGAACGAUGUGUUUUGGCUGCAGGCCCUCUUGGAAUAAUGCAAGCUUGUUGUGACAUCGCCUUCCAGUAUGCUCAUGUUAGGGAAUGUUUUGGUGAGAAGAUUGGACAUUUUCAGAUGAUCCAAGCUAAAAUGGCUGAUAUGUACACCAUCUUGAAUGCAAGCAGGUCAUAUGUUUACAAUGUUGCAAGAUCACUGGACCGUGGAGAGCGACGUCCAAACGACUGUGCCGGGGUUAUUUUAUUUACUGCUGAAGCUGCUACCAAAAUGGCUCUUGAUGCUAUUCAAAUUUUAGGUGGAAAUGGAUACAUCAAUGACUUUCCAACUGGACGCCUGCUUAGAGAUGCUAAACUUUAUGAGAUUGGUGCAGGAACAAGUGAGAUUAGGCGUCUAGUGAUUGCAAGAGCCAUAAAUGCACAUUAUAGAUAAGUCUUAAUGGUUAUUAUUUGGGAUACAACUUUAGAAAACUGAAACUACCAAAGAAGUUUAUAUGGAUUAUAUUCUUAUUGAAAAUUAGCAAACAUCAUUAUAUUAAUUUAUUGUGAAACCUUUAUUUGAGUGGUCAUUGUGCUGGCUACAUAAAACCCAAUAAACCUAAAAGGGUCAAAGAGAAGUAUGUUCCUUGUUGUUAACAUAAAUACAUUUAGAUGUCAUGUACUGACUAUGUACAUUAUGAGUUUAUAAGAAUGUUUUCAAGUAAUUGACACUUUGUUUUACUACAAUAAGAAAAAAAUGCAAUGUUUUCCUAAAACAACUUUACAUGGGCCCACAGACCAAGAAUCUGCAGAUUUCAACUGAUAUUAGAGUGAUAUAUUAUCUCCUAGUAAAGUAUUCAUGUAAUUACUUCCAAUGUUAGUGUAUUAUUUGUAAAAUAGUGGAAGCCUGUUGUAUUUAGCAAAAUAGAUGUCUAUUGUUUAUUUUUAUGUGUUACUUUAUGCUAAUACAUUAUUAAGAAUGUUCAUGGUUUUUUUUUUUUAAUAUUAAUUUAUUAAUAAUUUUGAAGAUAAUUUCUGAAUAAUAAAUACAACAAUUUCUAAUCUACCAGUA